AUGUGGCUCGAUCGACUGGCCGGAGGCCCUGCCACCAGUCCCGGACCGUCAACACCUCAAGCCGGCAGGCCGUAUCCCAAGAGAACUUCGAGUACUUUAAGUCCAUAUGUCACAUCGCAGCGCCCAGGAUUAUCUCCACGAGGCUCUUCGCUAUCAUUGGCUUCCAACGAAUCCUCUUCGUCACUCCUAUCUUCAGCGCGAAGACCGAACGGGUCUGGUUUGAGGCAGGCCUCGACUAUCGAAACGGGACCUGACUCUCUCUCGGUGUUGGAAACGUUAUUGGCAGGGCUCUCCGACGAUCGCGACCAACAUGAGAAGAAGGUCAUCAAUAAAGAUGACCUAAACUUGGAGGCCGACUUUGGAGGCUUGUCAUUGAAGGAGCUGGCUGCAUCUCAACCCCCUGAUACAACCGUGAUCAACAAACGCAAGCCAAAAACAACUGAAGAGAGCGAGAAAGAUAGAGCCAACCUCGAAGACCUUCACCGAUCGAUAGAAGCAUGCGACGACGUUCUUGAAUCGGUUGAGCUCAACCUCGCCAACUUUCGCAAUGAUCUCGCUAUGGUCUCGGCAGACAUCGAGUCUCUACAAACACGAUCGGCGGCACUGAACAAGCGACUAGAAAAUCGAAAGCAAGUGGAGAAGGCAUUAGGGCCAUUGGUAGAAGAACUGAGCUUGCCGCCUGAAGUCAUCUCCAAGAUCUCCGAGGGCCACAUUGACGAAUCAUGGGCUAAGAUGCUUGCCGAACUUGAUCGCAGGUCGAACAUGUUCAAGAAGAAGUCUGAGACUGAGAUGAGUAAUGCAGCAAAAGAUCUCAACCCAAUUUUGGAGAAACUUACUCUUAAGGCAAUUGAACGAAUUCGCGACUUCAUCGUGGCUCAAAUCAAAGCGUUGCGAUCGCCACAUAUCAACGCGCAGAUUAUCCAACAACAAAAUUUCCUUCGCUUCAAGGAACUGUUUAUUUUCUUACACAAGCACCACUCAACUCUUGCUAAUGAGAUCGCUUUGGCUUACAUGAAUACCAUGCGAUGGUACUACUUGAACCAAUUCUCCCGAUAUGAGAGGGCUCUAGCCAAAAUCAAAUUGCAUAUACUUGACAAGAACGAUGGUCUUGGUCAUGAGGAUACAACUCGCAAAGCCACAGUCCUUUCAAGUAACCGAGCACCAGGACCUCCUCAUGAUGCCUUUAACCUUGGAAGGCGUAUUGAUCUUCUGAAAACUAAUAAUCAAGCCGCCCUCUCAUCCUACCUGGCCGAGGAGGACCAAACAACCCACUAUCUGGAAGUUCCCUUCCGUAAUUUUAAUCUUGCUCUCAUUGAUAACGCUACGGCCGAAUACACUUUCAUGGCCACCUUUUUCUCGCCUGCGCUGUCUUUUAAUCAGAUCUCAAAGAACUUCAACUACAUCUUCGAGCCCACUUUCGAGCUUGGUCGGACAUUAUCCAAGACGCUCGUGGGAGAUACCUACGAUGCGCUGGGUUUACUUCUCUGCAUUCGACUGAAUCAACAUUUUGCCUUUGAGCUUCAGCGCCGUAAAGUCCCAGCCGUGGAUGGUUACAUAAAUGCUACUACUAUGCUCCUCUGGCCUCGUCUCCAGGUGAUUAUGGACCGUCACUGCGAGUCGGUCCGUCAACUCAUCAAUGCUGUACCAUCCAAACCAAGUCGGGCGGAAGCUGCGAAACUAUCUGCAGCCCCUCAUGUUGUAACUCAGCGCUUUGGGCAACUAUUGCACGGUUUUUUGACACUCAGCGCCGAUGCUGGCGACGAUGAGCCUGUCGUAUCUAGUCUGCGCCGAUUACGCUCCGACGUGGAGACCUUCCUUACUCGUCAUGCUGAACUAUUCGGCGAUAAACGCAAGAGCGGGCGCUUUCUAUAUAACAACUACUCACUCAUCCUCACUAUCAUCAGCGACGCGAACGGCAAGCUGGCUGAUGAGCAGCAGGAGCAUUUUGAAGGCUUGAAGAUUCAACACCAAGAAUCAUCGUAG